CAUGGACGAUGCGGAACUUUAACCCCUCUGCGUGUAAACUGCCGAAACCACAUCUUUAAACCUUAUCUUUAGUACUAAAAUGGGUUUAUUACGACCACACAGAACUUCUCCUGAACCCGGAAUGUGUUUGGUUUUAUUUCUCAGCCUCGCGUUGUGGUCUGGCCCGGCGUCUGGUAUAAAAGUCACCGCCCCGGAAGAGAUAAAAGCAGUAAAAGGCGAGACGGUCACUCUGUCCUGCAAGUUCACCUCGACUCAUCCACUGACCAGCCGAAUAUCCAUCGACUGGUCCUUCAGACCUCAGAGCGGAGGCCCCUCCCAUGUCUUCUUUCACUUCUAUUCAGUGUCGUACCCUCCGGAGGACGGGUACUUUAAAGGGCGUGUGCAGUGGUACGGUGAACCGGCGCGAGGCGACGCAUCAAUCCGGCUCCUGAACGCCUCACUGAACGACAACGGCACUUACAGCUGCGCCGUCCGCAACCCGCCCGACUUCCAGGGUCCUCCCUCGAGCACCGUCCUCACAGUCGGCCUCAAGAAAACGAGUGUGCACUUCUCAGAUGUCGCCAUGCUGCUGUUCUUCAUCCUCCUGCCGUCGUCGUUGAUCGCGAUGGUGCUCUUAAUGAGAAUGCUCUGUCCAUGUUGCUCUCCACGGGUCAGGGGCUCGCAUUUCGGCAAUCACUCCCCCAUAGAGGUCGUUGACGGGGAGGAAAUGCUCACAUACAGUAAGGAGUGUGCGUAUCAUCACCCCCCAUCGGCGCAGAUGCCUGCCACGUGCUGCGGGAUGUAUAUAGAGGACUCGGAUGAAGAUUGUCGCAGAUAUGUCGAGAAGCACCACAUGGAAUUACAGGCCGAGUCGCAGUGUUAGCGCUCUCUGUACCACAACGCUCUCAUGGAAAACAUCUUCAUUAUCAUUUAAUACUCUCACACACAUACACAUAAAAAACAAUCAAACAAAUGCUUUACAGCUACUCUGAUCUGAAGUCAGUUUUACCAGAGCUCCUUCAGCUUUCGGUCGUUUGGAUUCUUUUUAGCUUGCUGAUUUAGCUUUAUAUUUCUUCCUGUUAGCUUUGAUUUAGAAUGCUCUAGAAAGCUAGUCACAGUUCCUUAGUUUUUACCAGGCAUUUCUACACAAUAACGCUAGCCAUUGGCAAAAAAUAAAUUAAUCUUGUGUUUGCUAGCUGAUUGGUAGCAUUUUUGCUGUUUCAAAUUUGGAAUAAAUUCUCUCAGAGCUAAUACACAAAUGCUGAUGUGGCUAACAUGGGUGAUUCUCACCAUGGUUAGCCAUGCUAGCUAUCACUGAGUUUAGCACCUAGAAAUAUUUUUGCAUGUGAUUAGCAUAAAUGAUUUAUUGUCUGAAAAACUGACUACUAGAACUUUCUGUGAAAAAGCUGAGUUUCUAACACUAAUCUCCACAACUUUAUCCGUACGCAAGAUUUCAAAACUGAACACUAAGAAGCAUUGAGUCAUGCUAAUUCAGGCUCUGUGGUACUGUGUCCAGUAAUAGCAGCAAUGUAAAGUAUUUAUUAAUGGUAUUAAUGGUGGCACUAGUGAUGACGAAACAAAGCUGCUGACUAGUGGCCGUGUUUCAAACUUGUGAGGAUGUUAGCAAAAAAAGUACUUUAAUAUAAAUGAAAUUAAAUAAUAAAAAAUAAAUUAACGCAUGCUAGCAUGUGAUAUUUGCAUAAUGCUAGCUUAGCCCUGUUCUACAAGCAGGUUUACCGUUUAAUACCUUUUGCGAAAUUUUCCAGAACGAAGUUUAUCUUUUUUUUUUUUUUUUGGACUGGAUGAUGCUAAUGCAGCUUUUGGGUGAUGAAGCAUGUACAGAUAAAGGUGCAGCUAAAAAAAGGGACAAUUUAAAAUAAAAUUAAUGAAAAUUAUCUAUAGUUCAUGUUUAAAAAAAAAACAAUGUGGACUUCAUCCGAGGUUUAUCACUUUUUAUUACCUUGAUUUGUUUUUGUGUAUGAAGAUAUUUUGCAUCAUAUAUAUGAACGUCAACCUGCUGUUUUGUAUUAUUUCUACCUUGUUGCAUUUCUUACACACACUCUAACAUCAUUCACUAAAUAGAAGUUUAAUGGGUGUAAUUUUGUAAAAUCUGUCUUUAAAUGUAAAUAUAUUUGUGCACGCACCUUAUUAUAAAAUGCACAGUUACAGAUGCUCUUGUAAAAAAAACUAAAAACUGUAAAGUCACAGUCCGGGUUUAUUGUGUAUUUAUUUAAGGAUGUAAAUUAACAUUUUGAGUAUAUUGUUAAUAAGAAUAUAUGCAAAUUGAAUAAAUGAAAUUAAAUGUGUAUAGUUCUGAGCUCUGGUUUUUAUUAGUCUGUAUUAAAUCUAUUAAAAAAAGAAUGCACCGAUAUUUUUUUUUAACCGGUUAAAUUUAGAUUUUGUGAAAGUUUUCCACUAAAGCUAUGUUUUUGGUUCAAGCUACCAUGAUGUGACUGAACAACUAUGAGCAACGUUAGAGUCUUUUCAUUGUGCCGAAAAACAAAACGCAGUCAUGAGAGGAAACCUCUAUCUUUUUGUUUUAUAUAUUCGCUGAAUGUUCACGGGAAUGACUGCUCCGAGCUCCGAACCACCUCGGCCGAGAAUGUCAUUCACCGACGUGCGGCCUUCUUUAAAACAUUCGAAUGUUUUACUGAGGCGAAGAAUCACCGUACUGUGUCUGAAGUCUUCUGUAAAU